UUUUUCCCAAACCAAAGAAAUUAAAGGCGGCCAGAAGGUGCGAUUUUAGCGCUAUCUGACGACAACUACAUAAUUCUCCUCGUGACGCACCAGGAUAUCAGCCUUUCCGCCGUGCAACUGUGAGUGGAACAUGUCGUAUACGCCUGAACGUAGAAACGAAGACCAAUGGGGUGGCGAUUCUAAUAAUGGCCCGAGUGAAUCGAAUGAACAACCGGUCUACGAUGGACCUCCGGGAAUGGAACCGGAGGGAAUCAUCGAUUCCAAUUGGGAUAUCGUUGUCGAUAAUUUCGACGAUAUGAGCUUGAAGGAAGAACUCCUUCGUGGUAUUUAUGCUUAUGGUUUUGAGAAGCCUUCGGCAAUUCAACAGCGAGCCAUCUUGCCCUGCGUCAAGGGACACGAUGUAAUUGCUCAAGCUCAAUCAGGAACUGGCAAGACUGCUACUUUUUCCAUUUCAAUUCUGCAACAAAUCGAUACCAGUGUUACUGAGUGUCAAGCCUUGAUUCUUGCUCCAACUCGUGAGCUUGCUCAGCAGAUUCAGAAAGUGGUGAUUGCUCUUGGUGACUUUAUGCAUGUUCAAUGCCAUGCAUGUAUCGGAGGAACGAAUGUUCGCGAAGACAUUCGCAAAUUGGAACUCGGUGUCCAUGUUGUUGUGGGAACACCCGGAAGGGUUUCCGACAUGAUUAACAGACGGGCUUUGCGCGCUAAUAAAAUUAAGCUAUUCGUUCUCGAUGAAGCUGACGAAAUGUUGUCACGUGGAUUUAAGGAACAAAUUCAUGAAGUGUUUAAAUUAUUGCCAUCCGAAGUGCAGGUUAUUUUGUUGUCUGCUACAAUGCCACAGGAUGUAUUGGAAGUGUCGAAAUGCUUUAUGAGACGUCCAAUUAGUAUUCUUGUGAAGAAGGAAGAAUUGACACUUGAGGGUAUCAAGCAAUUUUUCGUUUACGUUGAACGUGAAGAUUGGAAAUUGGAGACAUUGUGCGAUUUGUACGAUACGUUGAGCAUUACGCAGGCCGUAAUUUUCUGCAAUACGCGUCGCAAGGUCGAUUGGCUUACCGAAAAUAUGCACAAUCGUGAUUUUACCGUGUCAGCAAUGCACGGCGAUAUGGAGCAACGUGAACGUGAUGUGAUUAUGAGACAAUUCAGAACAGGCUCAUCGCGAGUUUUAAUUACCACUGAUCUUUUGGCUCGUGGUAUUGACGUGCAACAAGUUUCAUUGGUCAUUAAUUAUGAUCUUCCUUCAAAUCGAGAAAACUACAUUCAUCGAAUUGGACGUGGUGGUCGUUUCGGCCGUAAAGGUGUGGCCAUCAAUUUUGUCACGGCAGAUGACAAGAGAACGUUAAAAGACAUCGAACAUUUCUACAAUACGCGCAUCGAGGAAAUGCCAAUGAAUGUCGCCGACUUGAUCUAAAUCGACCGCCGACAAUUUAAAGGCCAUUUGUAUUACAAAAAAAAGAAUAUUAAAACAGUAAGUGACUAAAAAAAAAGAAGCUCUCAGCUGAUCUCUCAUGGUGUGUGAGUAUAUAGAGAGUGAAUCGGUGAUUCAUAUCGCUCGUGUAACGCGAUCUGAGAAAAUUUCACGGAUUCUCACUUUCGUUUCUUAUAAUAGGAAAUAACGAAACAGUGAUUUGCCUUGUUGUUCAAACAACAAAACGACGAACACUGCUAAUUAAUACCAUCGAUAUAAUAUCUUUAAACAAAAAAAAAAAAAAAUACAACAUUCAUAUUAUAUAGUUAUUAAUAUUAAUUCUUAUUAUUAAUAAUUCUUUAACACUGGCUACAAUCCCGACGGCGUUAUAAAAACGUUUGAAAAGCGCGGCCCUUCGCGGCUGCCUUUUGCAGCGUUUCCAAUAUGGGUUCAGGAGAUUGUAAUUUUACUCUCUCCUCGCAAUCCUUUUUUUUCAUUUUGACGAAUUUCUUUAUUUUUCGAAUAAUUCUAAAAAGCCCCGUACUUCCGUUUUGGAUUCGAUCCAUGACAGCGGAAGAUGCGCUUAUUGUAUACUUGAAUUCGCGAUCGACGCUCGAUUAUUUUUUUUCGAUACUUUUAUUACCAAGAUUGCGACACGUUUGUCUAAGCAGAGGUUUAGUUGGAUAUUGGAGAGGAUAUUUCAAUCAUAAACGUUGUCGAAGGAGAAUAUUACUCCAAUUAGUAGGUUUAUUAUAAAUUUUUGCAAAUUUUAUUAAGUUAUUUCUCUUUUUUUUCUAUCCGCUCUUCCAUUUCCACAAAAACUCUGACUCGAUUAAACACGUGAAAAAAAAAAUUCAAUGAUAUUUGUAUCUCUCUUAUUUAUUAUUCAAAAACUUUUUUUUUUUCUUGAUGAUAAAUUUAAUCGUAUUUGGAAAACAAUUUUAAAGUCUCUUAUUUUGUAUUUACAGGCAUUUUUAAUGACGGUCCAGGAAGGUAUUUUUUGGAAAUAAAGACCGGAAUCACAAAACCGAAAUAUUUUAAUUAAAUUCACCCUUCUAACUCCUGGCCCAUUUUUUUCAAGAGAAAAAACACCAAUGGAUUUUGUUCGGUUCUUUUUUUUACACAAUAUUAUUUAUUUUUGAAAGACAAAGACGCUUUAAAUUUGAAAUCGUCGCGUUAUAAAAAAUUAGUCUUGGUUUUUAAAUAAGAAAUAAAAUAGAGAGAUAAAAAUAUCAAAAUCGCUGUCACAUUAAGGCCAAUUGUUUUUGUAAACGUACACACACAUUUUAUUAAUUUACGUGUGUCAAGUCUUUAAUUUAUGUUAUUUUUUUUUAUAAUAAUGCUGUUCUCGCGGGACGGAACAUUCUCAUUUGGAAAUGUAACGUCGAAAGCGUCGACUUGAUCAAUAAAAAUAAAUCUCGAUCAUUUUACACAAAGUUUAAAUUUUUUCACUUCAAAAAUAAUUGUUCAAUCUUUUUUUUCUUUAAGAAAAAAGACUGAAAAAUGUUCCUUAACAUUUUUUUUAAUUAACUAGUAGUCACAAUUUGAAAUUGUUUAGAAAGAAAAAUUUACGUGUUUUUUUUUAUAAAUUUUUUUCUCUUCAUCGACUUUUGUGUAAAUUUAAAAAAAUCUUGAUCGUAGUAUCUAAGUCGAUGCUUCCGAGUGGAUUGUAAAUCUUGUAUUUCUUCAUCUGGGAUAGGAACAAUUCUGUAGCUAUAAAUGUACACACGAAAAAAAAAACAUUUCGCACAUCCGCGUCGUGUUCCCAAAAAAUAAAAGCCGAGAAAUUAUACCAAUGUAGUUCAGAAAUGUUUGUACACACGUAGAACUUUGAAACUUUACAAAUAUACACGUGAAUCUGAUUUUUGAUUUUGCAUAAUGUCAAUUUAAAUUAAAAAGACUCAAUUUAGAGGAUUUAUUUUUUGAAUGAAAAUUUUUUUUUUACUUGGUUUUUAAAUUCAUCAGAAUCAUGAAGUUUAUUUGUUUCUUCUGAAGACAUUGACAUAAUCCGCAGUGUUGAAAAAGACUCAGAUUCCCAAUUAAUAAAAAAAAAAUUCGCUGCCCAGGCAAACAAAUUUUGAAAAAUAAAAAUAAUUGCUAGGUUUUUAAUUUUUAACGCGCUUUUAGUUAAUUGAAAGUACAGUUUUAAUUAUACUGGUUUAUUUAAUCAAUUUUUGUCCGCCUAAAAUAAAAAUGUAAUUAUAUUGGCGUGACUAAAAUAUAAAAAAAAAUGAAACUACGAUACGAACGAUUUUUUUUUUAUAAAAUCGGAAAAACAACAAAUUUUUUGUAUGAGCUUGGGAGCAGCGUGUGUGUUUAACAUCGUUGUAAGCUUAUGUCCAGAACUCCAGUGACUACAUGUAAAUUAACUCGGAAAGUAUUGGACAUUAAGUGUUUGCUAUGUUUUUACACCUUUUACUGACUGUUAAUUGAACGUGUAUAUUCCGAAUAAUGUAGGCCAAUAAUGUGCGAAUAAAUAUUUAUUCAUGAAAA